CAAAAUUUACUGUAUACAAAGAUUAAAUACUGAACCUGUGACUCUUCUCACCAAAAUGACUUCAAGAGGGCUAACCAUGGGACUCCUCAUGGCCCUGGUGGCCCUGCUUUGUGCAAGAACCAUGGCUCAAUCUGGUACUUCUGGCUGCACUAAUGUCAUCGUCAGCCUGGCUCCAUGCCUGAAUUAUGUGUCGGGGACCUCCUCGACUCCAUCAUCUUCAUGCUGCACGCAACUAGCGAGUGUAGUUAAAUCACAGCCUGCUUGCCUUUGCUCAGUGCUCAAUGGUGGGGCUUCAUCACUCGGUGUUACAAUCAACCAGACUCUGGCUCUGGCCCUCCCUGCUGCUUGCAAUGUACAAACUCCUCCUGUUAGUGACUGCAAUGCUGUUGAUGCACCAGUUGGUUCUCCUCAAGGAUCAAAAACAACACCAUCCACUGGAGGAAGCUCCGCUGGAAACAACAUCAAAUCGUCUCUUCAGCUCGUCCUCUUCUUCCUGCUUGCAGCAUCCUAUGUUGUGACCUCCGGGAAACUCUGAUCACUAUCUUCUGGGGAUGCCUAUGUGUUUGUGUUGCUAUUUAAGAUUCUAUAUUAUAUGCCAGUGUGUUGUUCUAGUAUUAUGUCUUCUGUUUUACUAAGUGUGUCUGGUUUGCAUUUCUCUUUUGAUUUAUGAAGUCUCUAUGGUUUGCUUAAUAUAUGUACGAGUGAUUUCUCAAACUAUGACUGGUUUUCCCCUUGUGCUACUUCGUACUGUAAGAGGUUUGGCUAUAUAAGAUAAGGAAAUAAAUCUUUACUUCUUGU